GUUGUCUUCGCAUACCGAAGAAAAACAAGAAACAAAUUCGAUGGCUAUUAAUCCCGGUUGUAACCCAUAUCUUAAAAGCUCGGUAUAUUUUUCAUAUAACAAGUAGCCGUUUUGCACCAGAAAAGACCAAUCAGCCCGCCUUGAUAUAGUAAAGCGUAACCAUGGAAAUAAAAUAGAGGAUGAGAUUGUUAUAAAAAGAGUGUGUGAUUGGUCGAGACAGAAGUCAGAUGACAUGAUGUGAGGCUCUGAUUGGCUGAAAGGACCGUGACCUGCAAGAGUUACCAUGACAACUGAAGACCUUUUGCAGGCCGGUCAGGUCGUAAAGGACAGAUGGAAAGUGGUGCGGAAGGUAGGUGGUGGAGGGUUUGGGGAGAUCUACGAGGGCUUAGACACGGUCACCAAGGAGCCCGUUGCCUUGAAGCUUGAGUCCGCCAAGCAGCCAAAACAGGUCCUCAAAAUGGAGGUCGCUGUCCUAAAGAAACUACAAGGUCGUGACCAUGUGUGUCGGUUUAUUGGAUGUGGUCGUAAUGAGCACUACAACUAUGUUGUCAUGUCUCUGCAAGGCAAAAACCUAGCUGAGCUGCGCAGGAGCCAACCAAAGGGCUGCUUCACACUGAGUACCACCCUCCGACUUGGUUCCCAGAUCCUUCGAGGCAUUGAGGCUAUACACGAUGUGGGCUUCUUACACAGAGAUAUCAAACCUUCCAACUUUGCAAUGGGCAGACUUCAAAACCAGACCAAGAAAGUGUUCAUGUUAGAUUACGGGCUUGCGCGCCAGUACACAACCCCCACCGGUGAAGUCCGACCUCCUCGGGCAGCUGCAGGCUUCAGGGGCACUGUCAGAUAUGCCUCUGUCAACGCUCACAAAAACAAGGAGAUGGGUCGCCAUGAUGAUCUGUGGUCGCUGUUCUACAUGCUGGUAGAGUUUGUUUCUGGCCAGUUGCCAUGGCGUAAGGUCAAGGACAAGGAACAGGUCGGCAUUAUGAAAGAGAAGUAUGACAAUGCCCUGCUUCUCAAGAACAUGCCCUCAGAAUUCCGGGAACUCCUCAACCACCUCAACUCCCUGGACUACUUUGACAAGCCAGAUUACAUGCUCCUGCAGAACCUGUUUGAGCAGUGUAUGCGACGGAAGAAUGUCAAGGAGGGCGACCCUUAUGAUUGGGAGAAAGUGUACGCAGAUGGUUCCAUCACUACGACAACCACCACAUCUCCGCCCCUUGGCAUGAAACAGUCUCCUGGCAUUGGUUUGAACCCUCUGCAUGGUGCCACAGAAGUGAUUGAUGAAAAUCUGAGUGAGAACGAUGGCGAGGAAAACCUGAAGAAACUGAAGCAAGAAGCUGAUCAGAUUAUUGAAAACAAGUACAAGAACAUGGACAACAAACUGAGGGAGGAGAAAGAAGCUGUGAUAGAGUUGGUGCAGAAUGAGGGUGAAGAAAAACACCUUGCAGAACAGAAAAUCAAGGAGAAAGUUGAGGAUACUGAUAUAGAUGGUAAGACCGGUAAUAGAGACGAAAAGCCGCCUGAGGUGAAUGAAGAGCUAGCAAAGUUGGAUACUCAGUUGAAGGGGAUAUUGAAGGCUAGUGACAGCAAGCAGAACUUGAAGGAUACUGACAUAGGUAGUGUUGUUCAGAUUGUAACCAGUGAACCAGCCAAACCGGAACACCCAAAACCUGAUGCAAGGCCACCUUUGCCAGAGAAACCUAGUCCUGCUAAAAUUGAUGGUGCUAAUAUCAAACAGAGUCGAACUUUGCCUCAGAUAGAUAAGCUUGAAAGUGCUGGGAAUAGAACAAGUGCUGAUAGGGGAAUAGAACCUAGGAUUUCUUCUUUGAAAGACAGUGGUGUAGGAAAUCUGUCAUUAGCAACAGGGAAUGAAAGUGCUCAGCCCAAAACUCAUAGUGUUAAGCAAUUAGUGAAAUCUUUUGAAAAGGUUUCAAAAGACAAAGAUACUCUAGAACUCCCAAAGGCAUUCAGUAUGCCGGAAAACAUGAGUGAUAGAGAUCGAAACGUUGGGGUAGUCCCCCGUCGCCAGUCAGAACCUUCGUGCAAUAUUGUUGAAAACUCAUACCCAGAGCAUUUAAUCAGUAGAGCUCAACUCACAUUUGCUGUCAUGCAAACAGACGAUCGGACACAAACCAUGGGUGAUGACAAUGUGGACGAGAAUGCAACUCGUGCAGCUCCUUUCACCCAGGCCAGCCAAUGGCAGGGGGUGUCCGGGUUUGCCUCUAGCACAGAAAACAGUGAAAAUGAGGAAGAGGCAGAAGAAGUAGGGGCUGAUGGAAAAAUACAUAAAUCUACAGCCAAGUCAAAAAAGGUAAACCUCAUGCAUACACUGGCAGAUGAGGAUGAUCUUAAGUUGGAUAGUUAUGCUAGAAAUUCAAUGAACUUUGAUGAUAGGGAAGCCAGUAAAGCAAUGAGAAAUUCUUUAAUAUUCAUCGAUGACGAUAUUGAAGACAGUCCACAAGAUCAGCUAGGGUUGUAUAUUAAAGAAAAGGUUGAAGAAAAAAGUCAGGGUUUGGAAAGUAGAGAUGUGUCAUUUUCUUUUGCGACUAGUGAUAAAUCUAGGACAAAUAAAUUUGACAAAGUCAAUUCCAAUAUACCUCAUGCAUUUAGUGUCCCUUCUAAUCUCUCUGAUAGGCUUAAGGAGAAUGCUAGUGAAAAGUUUGCCAAAAAUAUGGGGAACAGAGUCAAUGUACCAAAAAUUCAUACUAGUCCUUCAAAGUCAUCAUUAAAAGAUAAAGAAAGUUUAUCAGAUAUAAAGAAAUUAGCUGUGUUAAAUAAUUUAAAAUUGACACAGUUUGGUAAAAUUUCUAGUUCAAUUAGAAGAGAGCGAAGCUCUGAUAGUUUAGAUAAAAUUCUUAAGGAAAAGAAAUCUACAGACUCCAAUAGCCCUGGCAGUUCUCCUGCGAAGUCAAGACAUUUGUUAAAACCUAUAGACCUUUUAUAUAAAGAAAAGACGAAAUCAGAUGGCGAUAUAGCGGGUCUAGAUCGUAGGUCACGCAGUAGGAGUAGAGAGGGGCGGGACCGAGGAAGGUCAUCUUCACGUUCCGAGGACAAGUCCAAGCGACGGCAAUCACUGACCACAAUUGAGGAACAACGAUCUAGAGCAUCUCCUGUUUGCUCUCCACUUCAGGAGGCAAACAAUGAUAGAACACUGCUUGGUGUGGAAAACCUCACUCCUAGACAGAAUGGGACAGCUUUGGACAAUAAACAACAUGACAGUGAUAACAACAACAAAGAAAAGAGUCUCAAAGCUAAAGAGGAAAAAUCACCUGAGGAAAAGGAUAAAAAGGAAAGGAAAGCCCGUAAACGCUCAUCGUCAGCACCCCGUGACAAGCAGGAGAAAGGCCGUAACUCAGAGCCAGUAUUUGAUACCCCAGUACCGCCCUUGGACCUCAAUCAGAAAGUGCCCAAGCCCCCGGGAAUGGGUAGUGCACCAAAGAAAAACCUUGUCUAUUCUGCCAGAUUAAGCUUGCCGCAAUUGAACGUGUUUUCCGGAGAAUUUCUACGCCACGCAAAGCUAGAGGUCGUCCAUUGUGAUGAUAUUGAUGACAUCGAUAGCCCCACCAAGAAACAGGAAGACGAUUUCUCCGAGGAUGAUGAACACCUUUAGAUGCUCACUUAUGAAUAAUCGUUAUUCGGAUUUCAAUAUAUUAGGGAUUUUUUGGAAUCCUGCACAGCAUUGCUCAGAAUAAAAAAAUGACAACAAUCAAUAAAAAUAAUAAAGUUUUUGACAUGAAAAAAAUCCAUGGUAAAAUCAGAAUAUUUGGGCAAUUUUUGAAAAUAUUAUUGAUAUUUUUAUGGUUAUCAUACACUUUGUAUAUUCAAAAUUCAUAAGGCUCUUCAAAAACAUAAGUCCUUUUAUGUAAAUGUACAGGUUUAAUGCAUUGUUCUGAAACCUAAGAAAAACCUUUAAUAUUUGAGUUCCGAAUAAAGUCUAUUGAUGAAUUGAUUUUUAAUUGAAUCUGCAGCCAAUCAGCGUUUCAUUAUGUUGUACUGCUUAUGCACAGUUCUGAUAACAUGUUUUUAAACCUGAAUGGUUUCGUCUUGUUGUAACUAGCACAUGGAAGAUGGCAUAGAAACUUGAUAUGUAGGAGGACGCCUAGUCUUCUGAGAAAUACAAUUAAGAAUUAUACACAGUUGAGUGCAUCAUGCAUAUUGAUCAGUGGUUAGCAAGAGAAAGCUUGUAAUUAUCGUAAUGAAUAAUGUAUAUGUCAUGCAAUAUAUACAGAACAUUUGGAUUUACUAGUAAUUUAUCUUAUUGAAGACUGUGCCUGACAGUUAGUUAUGCAAUAGUUCUAUCUUCAUCAAGUGUACUUCCAAGUCAUAAGUUUGGUGCAAGAAGGUUAUAAGUAGGUUUGAAAAUAUAUCAAGAUGGUUCAUUUUUAGCUCGACUAUUCGAAGAAUAAGGAGAGCUAUACUACUAUACUACUCACCCAAGCGUCGGCGUCGGCGUCACCCCUUGGUUAAGGUUUUGUGUGAAGCACACAUAGGUUAAUAUCUCUGCAACUACUUGAGGUAAUGCAUUGAGACUAUACAAUGGUACUCAACCAUCCAACCUACUCAAUUAACCAAGUUAGGUAACUCUAGUUUGCAUUUAAUGCAAAUAAUAGGCCUUUAUUAUUUGACUUAGAAAUUCUGGUUAAGGUUUUGCAUGCAAGCACACAUAGGUUAAUAUCUCAGCAACUGCUUGAGGUAUUGCAUUGAGACUUGAUACAAUGGUACUCAACCAUCCAACCUUCCUAAUUAACCAAAUUAGAUAACUCUAGUUUGCAUUUAAAGCAAAUAAAUGCCCUUUAUUAUUGGACUCAGAAAUUCUGGUUAAGGUUUUGCGUGUAAGCACACAUAGGUUAAUAUCUCAGCAACUACUGGAUGAAUUGCAUUGAGACUUUAUAACGAAGUAAGAUAACUCUAGUUUGCAUUAAAUUCAAAUAAUGGCCCCUUUUUUAUUCAACAUAGAAAUUCUGGUUACGGUUUUGCAUGUAACCACUUUUAAGUCAAUGCUUCAGCAAAUACAUCAUGUAUUGCAUUGAAACUUUACACACAGGCUCCCAACCAUUUAACCUUCUUAUUUAAUCAAGUAAGAUAACUCUAUCUUUCAUAUUAUAUAAUUUUUGCCCCUUUAUUAUGCGACUUAGAAAUUCUGGUUAAGUCUUGCAUGUUAGCACACAUAAUAUCUCAACAACUACUUGAUGUAUUGCAUUGAGACUUUAUACAAUGGUAUUCAACCACCCAACCUAAUUGAAUAAUCAAGUUAGAUAACUGUGUUUUGCAAAUAAUGGCCCUUUAUAAUUACACUUAAAAAAAUUCUGGUUAAAAUUUUGCAUGUAACCACAUUUAUGUUAAAAUCUCCGCACAUCAUGUAUUGCAUUGAAAUCUAAUAUAACAGUGAUCCGUGCAUGUUUCGCCAAAACUUUUCAAUCCUUUCACUGAAAAGCGGCGGAAUAGCCGAGCGCGCUGUCUCUGUGACAGCUCUUGUUACAAUAAUUUGACUAAUUCCUGUUUAUAUAACGCUUACCCUGUGCCUGUAGUAUAAUAUACCUCACUGUUUACCAAUUGCAAACUGACACCAAUAUUUAUUUGAGGAUUUCAUCUGUAUUAUGAAACUUUGUACAUGUAUGAUGGAAUGAAAAACACGGUCGUAUUUGUCUUUUCAUUGACAGCAGGAAAUCAUUGCUAGAUGGUAUAUGAAGCUGAAUUUAUUUUGACAAAGUACUAAGAUGCAUUUACCAUGAAGGUGCAAAAAAUAUUCAAAAUGAAUGUUAACACUGUCAAGAAAAUCUGAUGUCUGAUUUGUGAAUGAAUGAUUCUCAUUAUGUGAAGUGCUUAAUGUAAUAAUACCUUUUAGUUUAUUGAAAACUGUGCCAUAUCUGAGAUAGCCAUUGUUGAACUCUGUUGACAUGUUUCUUUUCCUCACUUUAUUUGUUUGAUGACAUAGUAAUGUGAUGUUAAAAUUAACCUUUUUGUGCCAGUCAGUUUUGUUUUAAAAAGUAACUACCAAAAAGAAUAAAAGUGAAACCUUAUAACACAAGGUAUGCUCGCCUUCAAUAUUAUUUUUUUCCAUAUAAGAUUUGAUUAUUUCAUUACAUAUUGAUACAAUAUUAAACAGGAGUGAUUCAUCCCAAGAGGUAUCAAAGUUAGUUGCUUUUAGAAAUCUUCUUUUCUGACUUUAUGGAAUCAGUGCUUUAAGCAGUAAUAAGUAUAAGUAUUGUAAUGCUAUUUGAAAAUAGCCACCCCCACAGUCAAAGUUGAUUUAAUGCGAAAAAGUAAAAAAUGUUAUCAAUUGAUAUUUUUUGUUUAAGAUAACUAAUUGAAGACAGUUUAAAUCAGCUGAUACUCAGACCAAGUAAUUCUUUUUUUGAGUAAAAGUAAUGCAACAUUGCACACGAAUCUACUACUAUUGUAUUGGGGAAGACUUGCUAUCUCUUGUUUAAAUGACUGUAUGUAUGUGUAGACGUGUGUGUCAAGGGAGACAUAUUGUCACUACAUUUAUGUUAAAAGGCCGCUGCCCAGCCUUUAGAUUACAGUGUCUGUCAAAUACGUGUUAAAAUGUAUAAAAAAAAGAAUAAUUUUUCAUUUCACAUCUAUGUGCAGGGGAGAUUACUCUCUAGUAUUGAUACUCCUGUAUCUGUCAAUUUAGACUGUAAGUGUAUUAAAACAAUUUCAUUAUGCAUUUAUGUACAGGGGAGUUAAUUCCCCAUUUAUGAGAUUACUGCAUUUGUCAAUGAAGACUAUAAAUGUAUCAUGUAUAUGGAGGUCUGUGCUGGGGGUUCCAUUUGCCACGACCCUGAGGCCAUUUGGGUGUGUGCCAACCCUGCUGCCAUCGGGCUGUGUGCCCUGACCCCAUGGCUUUUGGGGGAGUAUUGUUGUAAUUGUUGAUCAUUCAUGUUUCUGUGAUCUGAUGGACGGACAUUCCUGACAUUCUCAACUCAACUCAAAGCUUUCCGUUAUGUGGGUACUCAGUUACUUUAUUUUGUUUUGUUUAAAAGUAUUGUUCAAUGUGCAGAAAUACUGCCCUGUUUCCUUUAGAAUGUUGUUAAAGUCUGCAAUACAAUCAAGUGAUAAUUUGUGUACUUUUUCCAUUUCAAUUAUCUAUGUACUUUAACAAGUACCUCUUCAAGAGUGCUAACUUAACAGUAUUACAAUCUUAGAAUUAAAAGAAAUUGUGAUUAAUUCUUUUAACAUUGAAAUUUUGACCUUUCCCAUUAAAAAAUAGAUUGUUUGAAUAAAUCUACAGUAAGUUUCAUAAAGUUAUAAUAUGGAUAGAUCAUAACUUACCGUGGAUGAGAAGUACAUGUUUAUACUACUGUUUGCAAAUUAACUUGCUUGUCAAACAGUUAAACGGUAAAAAUGAAGCACUUUCUCAUUGCACUUGUUCACUGAUGACAGGUCACGUUAUACUACUUAAUCUGGAACAGUCACACAGGGUUUUAGCUUUAGGGUUAUGGAAGGGUCCUGCACCCUGUCCUUUCUCAGUAGCAUCCUUCUGCCCUGGGUACCCUUCUGCCUUCAUAAAAUUAAAUGCUCAAGACUUUCAAAUAUUUCUUUGAUAUUGUCUAAAACUUUCAAUUUCUACCAUUUUCUGCCAAAUUCAUAAUGUUCGAGUUCUUCAUAGCCUUAUUCAAUGUGCCCUUUUUCUCCCUUACCACCCAGUAUGUUUCCUGCAGCACCCCGUCCUUUUUAAAUCCUUGCUAAAACCCUAGUCGCACCCAACAUUUCAAAAUGGUUUGAAGUUGCGUUUGAAGUCACUGCGCCUCGUCGCUCACAGCACUUUCAGUAAAGUUGUCAAUUGGUAAAUUGUGUUAGUUGUACACCCAAAUUCCUAAGAUUUUAUUUUCAACUCAGUCCGGCAGUCCAAAUUCAGCAGUUUUGUCACAUGAAACUUUUACAUCAUUACUGGGGGUAAUAAGAAUAAUGAUGCUUUCAAAACUGAAUUCAUUAGAAGACAAUCAUGGAUUGGGGUGGAGUCAACUCUGCUGCUAUUCUAUGAUUCCAAAUCACUUAAUGAUAAUUCCAUUAGCAAACAGUAGUAAAAGCAUAUUUUUUAAGAUUUUUGAUUUUAAUACGAGUUUUAAAUACAUGUAUGAUUUAAAUGAUUUUAUAUUAGGAAACUUUGGGAUUGGUUGUUUAAAAAAAAACAAUUUUAAAUAUAUAUAUUAAAUGGAACUAUUUUUUUUUCUGUAUACUAAAGUAGAUGUAGUUGUGUUAUCACUGAAUAACCGUACUGCAAUAUUCUGCAACGUUUUGAAAAUAAAUGCAUGAUACCAAUUGCAUCAGAUUCUACAUGAUUUUACACCGUUCGAUCUCUGUUUCUAUGAUUGUACUCUCACAUUAUUGUUUUAGUUGUGUUGUUUCUGUUAAGGAUUCUAAAUGUUCCAACACAUCAGCUUUAUUGUGCUUAUGGCUGUUCAAGUCAUGUUUUUAUUAUGUAUCAAUAAAAUGAUAAAACUUCA